CCCCCCCCGCUUUUUUGAAAACUCCUCUCUCCUGCAGCCAGCCAGCCAGUCACGGUUCUUCCCAACUCAAACACUCCCCUUUCUCCUUUGCUUCCUGUUUCACUCCACGGGGUGCAGCAGCAGAAUCAGCUCUAAGACGCUCCUGGACUCCUGGACUGGGGCAGAGUCCAAAGGAGGCGUGAGUGGACCGCGAUGUUCCCAGCCCUGGCUGCCUCCACCCAGCCCAGGCAGGCUCUGAGGCGCUUCCUGAGGAUGGCCAGCACAGGCAGCGCGACACGCGGGAGACUCGCCGACAAGGUGGCCCUGGUGACCGCUUCCACUGAGGGAAUUGGCUUUGCGAUUGCCCGUCGCCUGGCCCAAGAUGGAGCCCAUGUGGUCCUGAGCAGCCGAAAGCAAGCCAAUGUUGACCGGGCUGUAGCUGAGUUACAGACGGAGAACCUGAGUGUGUCAGGAGUGGUGUGUCAUGUGGGGAAGGCCGAGGACAGGCAGCGUCUCAUUGAUGUGGCCCUCAAGCACCAUGGAGGGAUUGACAUCUUGGUGUCCAAUGCAGCUGUGAACCCCUUUUUCGGGAGCACCUUGGAUGCCACCGAGGAAGUCUGGGACAAGAUCCUGGAUAUCAAUGUAAAAGCCACUGCCCUGCUGGUCAAGCUGGUCGUACCUCACAUGGAGAAGAGAGGGGGCGGCUCCAUCGUUAUUGUCUCAUCCAUCGCUGCAUAUUCGCCGUUUCCAGGCCUGGGUCCCUACAACGUCAGCAAGACAGCUCUUCUGGGCCUCACCCACAACCUGGCUCCCGAACUGGCUUCCAGGAACGUCCGAAUCAACAGCCUGGCUCCGGGCCUGAUCCGCACCAAGUUCAGCUCAGCUCUCUGGCAGGAUCCAGCCACAGGGGACAAGCUGAUGGAGGCCAUGCGGAUACGAAGGAUUGGAGAGCCAUCUGACUGUUCUGGCAUCGUUUCCUUCCUCUGUUCCCCGGAUGCUGACUAUAUCACAGGGGAGACUGUGGUGGUGGCUGGGGGUGCCCCGUCCCGUCUCUGAAGGGGGUUUGGCCUUCCUUCCUUCCCAAGUACAUGGAUGAACCAAAGGAUGGCUCCAUCAUGCCCUUCCCUCACCCCAGGAAAAAAAUAGGUGGGGACAUUGGUGGGACAGGUGACAUGGUGACCAACAGACAUGUAUGUAGUGUGGAGGGAGGGAGGGCUCAUGAGAGCUGUCUCCCCCUAAGAGGAGGGGCAAGAGGUGAUGGAGGUCAGACAGAUUGGUAGAGGAGAGGCAACUCUUCCAAAAAAAAAAUAAAUACAAGAUGGUGGCAGGUGGGGAGGAAGCACAGAUCUCAGUCUCAUUUUGGACUGGAAUAUCGCCAUGCGUAUAUGGGAGGGGAUAAAAAUAUAGAAAGAUGUCGAAAACUGUGCGCUGAGCUGGUGUUAGGAACCCAUUACACGUACACUUGGGGCGGGAGAGAGUCUCUUCACGGCGUCUAGGCACACUGGAAGGAACUGAGUGUCAUGUGGGUGGCAAAAUGAAGCUACCCAGCUAGUGGUGCUCCCCCUGGAAUGAGGGAUGACCUGAAUCCUCCACAUGGCUAGAGCUGCAGUUGGCAGCUACACUGUUUGGGGGACCCUGUGGGGAUGGUUUGGGGCCUGUUCUGGAAGAGCAUCCAUUAGACAGUUAACGGGACAGGAAUGGGAAGGGUGUGACUUUGUGGGGUGCUUUUGCACAGAAGAGAGUACAGAAAAUGUUUACGGUGGUGGGGCAGAUCCCGUGGCUCCAACAUGUCUGUGUGGCGUCCCCAUUGCUCAGUGCCUUAAAUUUUUAACAUGUCACCAAUAAAACAAGUAUGUAUCACUGAA